AGGUUUUGACCAGCUUUGGUUUUCCUGACAAUGGACUUUUUCCUCCCCAGGAUGGAAAGCAAGAGCCUCUUCCUAAGCCUGUUGCUCUGCUACGCUUUGCUCAGAGCCGCCGAUUCCCACAUGGCGAUUGAGGAGAAGACAGAGUGCAACCUGUCGAGGGGCAGCAAAAUGAACCUCCAAGACCUCCCCCCCAUCUCCAUUGUAGAUUUAACUAAAAGAUCCCAGAAUUUUUUCAGCAGGAAAGAGGCCGAGAGCAAGAAAUCUUCCAAGAAAAAUGCUCAACUGAAGGCACCUCCGAAACCAAGGCCCACACCAGCUGCUGACUGCGUGCCCAACUUCAAAACCUGCAAACCACACUUGAAUUCGUGUUGCAACUACUGUGCUUUGUGCAAAUGCCGAAUUUUUCAGACCAUCUGCCAAUGUCUACUGCUAAACCCAAAGUGCUAAGCCAAACUGGGAAC